AUGAUCUACAAAUUCUUCGGACUAGCCCCGAUCUCCAUAAAAAAUCUCACCUCCCAUCGGAGUAAACGACGUCUCCAGCCUCACAACCUGAUGUUCAAACGAUGUGUCCUCGGUAUCGUGUACACGUACACCCUGAUAAUCAUCGUGACAGGUGCUGCGGUAGUGACAGUCCCUCUUCUGAACAAAGGGCCCCAGAGUGACGCCGAUUUACUGAAUUCUGCCACGACGAUCAAAGGAGUCUUCGGGAUAUCCGUGAUGUUCGUCAUCUGGACGAUCGUCGCUGUUCAAUACAACAUGGCGUUGAAGAUCCUGAAUCGAAUAGUGGAGAUGGACAAGGAAAUGCUGAUCCUCCAGGACGUGUCCUCCGACACAUCGAAGAUCCAGAUCGUGGUGUUGUUCACAGGGAAUUGCACCGUCUGGAUCUCCAUUUUCGUCCUGGAGAUAUCGGUCGUCGAUGACUGGUACAAAGUCUGGACUCCCCUGCUCCUUCCCAGCAUGAUCAUGAACUGGUACGUCAUGCAGUACAUCUUCAUGCUGGUGAUGAUAGAGAGCCGGGUGGGGAGUGUCAACCGGGGGUUCCUGAUGAUCGCUAAGAGGAGACUCGCGACCCUGGUCUACUCCAACGCUAGACCAGCGGAUUUGAACGAACGAAAAAUGGUGAACAACUUCUUGAUUCUUCGUCGAGGUCACGCCAUAUUGGCUGGAAUAUGUCGGGAUGUGUCGACGUAUUACUCGUUUCCAAUUCUUCCGACGAUAGCAUUCCUAUGUUGUGCUACGAUUUAUGAUUCCUAUUAUCUCGUGAUGCCGCUUGUGGUGCCCUCGAAUGACACGUCGAUACUGGAGAUCGCGAAUAUGAUAUGCUGGCUGUUGAUGGAAAUGCUGCCAGUUGUUGUGCUCGCAGUGUACGUCACCAGGGUUCUCAAUCAGAUGGAGAAGACCGGGAGUAUUGUCUUCAAUGUCCUGUCGCAAUCCGCCCUGACGUACGUCGCCAAGAACGAGCUGGCGGAAUUCUCGGUUGAACUGCUGCACAGAAAAAUUCAAUUCACCGCAUACGGAAUAUUCUCCCUCGACGGAACGUUAAUCAGAUCGAUUUUUGGAAUGCUCGCUACGUAUCUGAUAAUCCUCAUGCAGUUUCAAAUAAAUCAUAGAUCAGAUGAUGUCGAGUCGACAAGUGCUUCAUCAGACUCAUCAAACCAGUGAACAUGACGAGGUGUCAGUGAGGGUGAAGAG